CCUACCUGGACCUCUCGGAAGAGUAUUCCCGGCGCAGGAUACGGAAUGACGGCGACGCGCUCCGGGCCUUUGGCGCAAUAAGCCACCCCCCUUGUGUCAGGCAUGAGCGCCUCGCCGAUCCAAGGACUGCCGGACGUGUUCCUGGACGCCUGCCUCCUAUUUUCAUCUGCCAACGGCACGCUCGGGCGGCGCCCGGGGUUCGCAAGCUACUCGUGGGCCGGGUGGGAGGGCGAGAUUGCCUGGCCGCGGGAGAAGUUUCUCGAACGCACGUGGCCGUCCGAGUCCAGCAGCAGCAGAAAAAAUGCCCGCCGCAUCGCAAGGUGGACUCUGUCGGAAACCAUUGUCGAGCUCGUCGGCUCGCUGCACCCAGACAGCCUCGCGGCGACGACGCGCCCACAGACGGCAUCACCAGCCAACAUUGCCGACCUCGUCGCCGUAUCGCUGUCGCAAAAGCGAAUGGCGGGGUCCGUGCUGCCAGAAAAAAAAAGCUCCUCGAGCGUGAGUAAGGACGGCAAGAACGACGAGAAGCUCCUCUGGGCCCUGCGCGUCGUCGACGGGGCCGAGGGGGGGGCGAUGGACAGGCGCGGGAUCGAGCAGGUCCGCGCGUCUGCGCUCGCCGGCGGCUGCAUAAUGGGCCCGUACGUCUCCUCCCGCUUCUUUGCCAUGCCCUUCAUGUCCGGGUCAUUCCUGUACUCGGGAUCCUUUGGCCAGGCUGGUGUCGACCGUAAGCAUGUAGACGGCCAUUUUUGUCAGGCCGUUGCGGUGCACGAGGUCUGAGAGCUCGUCGAUCUGUUCGCUGAGCUUUCCCCAGCCAUCCAGAACACAGGCUGAGACGCGCCAGGAAGUUGACUUGGCGGCUGCCGACGGCCUGGCCCGUGAUGGUGACACCCACACACGUGCCGAGCCCGCCCGUCCAGUGCAGUAGUAUAGCCGGCCAUUGG